AUUUUAAGCAACACGAACUUAGAGUGUGUUCCACUUCACGCAUGAUGUAUCAUUUUAUCCUUUUGUUCACCGAGUAUUAAAAAAAAAAUAAAAUCACAUUAUACGCAUCAUGUGUAAAACGGAAUGCAUUCUCGCGCAUCCUUAAUACAUACAGUAGAAUGUACAUUAUCUGAUCGCAAAUGAGGUGUAAAUGAGCAACAAUUGAGUGUAAAUGAGUUAGUCGCUGAUUCCGUUCCGCCUGGUCAUGAAUUGAUCGACCCUGAAAUGUGUUAUAUAUCCAGCUGCAAAUAUAAAUAUAAAACAUCAUUUUCUACGCAAUGUCAGCAUCCAACAAGAGUAAUUUAAAGAAACAGCAUAUAGUGGGAAUACAAUUACGAAAAAUACAAUACUAGCGUUUCCAGAGCUAGAAGGGAUAUAACCGUUAUAGGAUAUGCUUCAAUAGUUUUUUUGGAGUUAAGAAGCUUCAGAGGUGGAUCAAAAGAAGAUUUUUCUAGGUUACCGUGGAAAUGUAUUCGUUUUCCCAGUGAAGGCUCGAUCUUAAAAUGUACAAAAUAAUAUCAAGAACAUUUGUGCGUGAGGGCGUAAACAAAUUGGAGCUCUUAAAACGCAAUCCUAUUUUCCACAACGUGACCUUAUUUUCACAACGGAGUCUUGUGAAAGUAGACGGAGAGACUGAGAAAUCCAAGAAAGUGGCCAAUCUCAAAUGGUACUGGUUCGGCAGGUACAUAAAUUACAUCAAGAACUAUGAGCAUACGCUGGAGCGUAAGUUUCCGCGUACGAUGCAGAUGUACCGUGUGUUCAGCGUUGGUACCAGAGAUGUAUACACAGACUUAAAAAGUUUCGUUACUGCGAUAAAGAAGCAGGGAUCGAACGGCGUAAAUAGCUUAACACGAGAGCAGCUGCAGCUGAUGCACACGAUGCCGAGAGAUCUGCGAAAGCUCUUGCCGUUGUUUCUGCUGUCGGCUGCGCCAUUUACGAAUUAUAUUAUUUUCCCUCUAGCCCUGUAUUUUCCACGUUACUUAUUAACGUCGCACUACUGGACGCUGCAACAGAAGCUAGAAUUCAUGUUAUUCGAUCACAAGGCGAGGUUGAAGCACAAUAGACCACUGUUGAGGUGCAUGCAGAUGGAGCUCAAAAGCAUCAAGGAUGAAACACUCAAGAUAAAAUGGCGAGACGUUAUAGCUUGCUUAGGAAGUGGUACACAUCCAACCACCAACAAUAUCAUAACUUGUUCCAAGCUCUUUUUAGGCUCACCAUAUUCCCUUAAUAAUCUCAAAAGGAAACACCUGAAAGAAUUGUUGGCAAUACAUGGUAUGUCACUAUGGAGACCUUUCAAGAGGAAAAGAUUGACGGAGAGGGGUAUGUUAAUAUUGCGAAUGGAUCGUGCUAUCAUACGAGAGGGAGGAAUAAAAGAAAUGUCCAACGAAGCAAUGCGAUGGGCAUUAUCCUUUAGAGGCGUAAAUCCUGCAAAUAUGUCUAUAGAAAGUAUGAGAAGCUGGCUUGACCAAUGGUUAAUAGUAUCAGCGUCUGUCGACCAAAAUAAUUUAUCUUUAUUAUUACAUAGCCCUAUUUUAUUAGCUUAUAAUCAUUCAACAAAUUGGACUCUUAUAUAUAGUUGAAAA